AUGUUGACUAAAAGUCAUCUGACAUAUGACAAAUGUCAACGAAUUAUUUGUUUUCUUCGUCAUGUCUCAAAUGAUUCUAUCAAAAAACAUGAUGAUUUAAAUUAUUUUAAGCAAAGUAUCCUACCAACAGAUCAUUUUCAAUCUAGUUUACCUCAUUUAUCAAUACCUAAAUUAGACUUGACAUGCCAACGUUAUUUAACUGCUGUUAGACCUAUACUUAAUAAUGAUGAAAACUCUUACGAACAAACACGCCAAAUAGUUGAAAAUUUUCGUAGAGGUGAUGGAAAACGACUUGAUGCGCAGUUACGUCAAAAAAUCAAAAUGAAUAAACAUACAUCAUAUUUAUCAAAACCAUGGUUUGAAAUGUAUUUAAAAUCACGUUUACCACUUGUAUUAAAUUUUAAUGUUUUUUUUCUUUUUACCGAUGAUCAACAACAGUUAAAACCAGCAGCACGUAUUACAAAUUAUAUUGUAUCAUCGAUACGUUUUAUGAAUUCACUUCGAGCUAAUUGGCUUGAUUCUGGAUUAUAUUAUUUAAAUUCAAAAAGAAUCAAAACUGAUCAAUUUGGUAAAUAUUUUCGAUAUUUACCAAAACUUGUUUCAUAUUAUGCAGCUGUUCUACAAAAAUUCUAUCCAUUAGAUAUGUCUCAAUUUAAUCAUUUAUUCAAUUCAACACGUAUACCGAAAGUGAAUUGUGAUUUACUUGUGACAUAUACUGAAAACAUUCGACAUAUUAUUGUUAUUAAACGUGGUCAUUAUUAUAAAGUUAACAUUUUAGAACAAAAUGGACAAUUAUUACCAAUUGAAAAAAUUGCAUCGAUUAUGAAAUAUUUAUACGAAGAUUUAAAUGAAGAAGAAAAUAAAUAUUCAUUAGGAUACUUUACUGCUGAUAAACGAGAACGAUGGGCAUUAAUACGUCAACAAAUUGAAGCACUUUCAGAAUAUGAAGACGAUCCAACAAAAUUACAUAAAUCACUGACUAAAAAAGAACGCGCUGAAUAUAUAUCUGGUCAAUAUUUAUGUUAUAAUGCAUUAAAUCGUUGGCAUGACAAACCAUUUAAUAUGGUAAUGUUAAGUGAUGGAACAUUAGGUCUUCACAGUGAACAUUCAUGGGGUGAUGGAGUUACUUUCGUUCGUUUUUGUAAUGAUAUUAAUCAAGAUGCUUAUGAAUACGGAAGAAUUAAUUCAUCAAAUUAUUCAUUGAUAAAAUCAACUGCAUAUGAUUGUAUUGAAGAAAUUAAAUUUAAAUUAGAUGAUAAAUUAAAAAGUGAUUACGAAAUAUCAAAACAUAAUUAUAAUAAAUUGGUGUCAAAUUUAAAUUUAAGCAUUUAUCAAGAAGAAGUUUUAGGUAAAAAUUUACUAAAACAAUUUGCUCUUAGUCCUGAUGCUAUAAUGCAAUUGGGUAUCCAAAUGGCUUAUUAUAAAAUACAUCAUCGAUUUGUAUCAGUAUAUGAAUCAUGUUCAACAGCUGUUUAUAAACAUGGACGUACAGAAACCAUUCGGUCCGUUACAAACGAAACAAAAAAUUUUAUUGAAACAUUAACAACAUCAAAUGAUAAACAAUUGAUAAAAAGUUUAUUAAAAAAAUGUUCAGAAAAACAUCGACAAUUAAUUAAAGAGGCAGCAACUGGACAAGGUUUUGAUCGACAUUUAUUUGCAUUAAAAUAUUUACAGCAAAUAGAAAAUCAAGAAAGUCAAUUACACACGAUUUAUACAGAUAAAUCAUAUGAAUUAAUGAAUCAUCAUAUUCUUUCAACAUCAACUAUUACUUCAAAAUAUAUUGCUGCUAUAGGUUUUGGUCCUGUUAUUGAUAAUGGUUUUGGUGUUUGGUACGCAAUUAAUGAUAAUCAAUGUCAACUACUGGUUACAUCGUUUAUGAAACAAGAAUUAUCUGAUUUUAUGCAAGCAGUACAUGAAAGUUACAAGGAACUGGCAAAUAUUAUUAAAGCGUAA